CUGAUAAAACUGAAUAUGUUCAUUCUUUAUCUAAAGGAUAUAGAAAAUUGGUCAAUUAUAUUCAUGAUCAUAGUAACUCUAACAAAUUAAACCAACUCAUGAUAAAAUUAGAUAAAGUUACCAGCCAACUUGAACAACUGCAUGAUGAUUUCAGAUUUACUAAUGAAAGAGUUACCACUAUGAAAAUACUCUUAAAUGUUUACUUCACCUCUCCUAAACAAGCUACCACUAUCAAAGCCAGUCUAACUGGUAAAAAAAUGAAAGAUGACUAUAUUAUGAAAGCUGAUAUUGACACUUCUGAAUCAAUU